UGUCUAAACACUUUCUUACCGUAAGAGGGAGUUGGGACCCAGAGCUUUCCAGUUAAUCGCACAACAAAACUUGGCUCAUCGCAAUAAAAAGCAGCAGCUCGGCUCGCUCUGUCUCCUCUGUUGACCGGCUGGGCAUCUCCUCUUCCCCUCCGCUGGAGACCAAAGCCCCCCAAAACCACCCAUGUGGACCAACCAGCUUUUGCCCCUCGGACUCUUCCUUCACUCCAUCAUCAACAUCCCUUGGGCAGAAGGCAAAGGGAAAAGAAAUGCCCUCCAUGACUACAGAAAGACAGCUGAUGCUACGUUAAUGAGAAUAGACAAGGCGCUGAAAGUGAAGACCAAGCUGCUAAAUACUACGGAACAGUGCGCCAAAAGAUGCAACAGGAAUAAAGGACUUCCAUUCUCCUGCAAGGCUUUUGCAUUUGAUAAAGCUUCCAAACGCUGCCAUUGGUUUUCCUUUACUGCCCUAGAAAAUGGAGUGAGGAGCAGGGGAGACAACACAUUUGACCUGUAUGAAAAGAAAGACUAUGUUAGAAAUUGUAUCACUGGUAAAGGAGCAAAUUAUAAGGGAACCAUAUCAGUCACAAAAAGUGGCAUUCGGUGUCAGGCAUGGAAUUCCACAAUACCUCAUGAACACAGCUUUUUGCCUUCGAGCUAUCGAGGUAAAGAUCUACGUGAAAACUACUGCCGCAAUCCCCGAGGAGAGGAAGGUGGGCCCUGGUGCUUUACAAGCAGCCCAACGAAGCGUCAUGAACCCUGUGACAUCCCCCUCUGUUCAGAAGCUGAAUGCAUGACGUGCCAUGGCGAAAGCUAUAGAGGCCCCGUGGACCACACAGAAACUGGCAAGGAAUGUCAACGCUGGGACCUUCAGAGACCACACAGGCACCCAUUUCGUCCAGAGAAAUAUCCUGACAAAGGCCUUGAUGAUAAUUACUGCCGCAAUCCAGAUAAUAAGCCGAGGCCGUGGUGCUACACUCUUGACCCAAACACCCCCUGGGAGUUUUGCACAAUUAAAACGUGUGCUCAGAAUGUUGUGGACAGCUCUUCAGCAGCAGGUGAGACGAAAGAAUGCAUCAGAGGUCAAGGAGACGGGUACCGUGGAACUAUAAGCACCACAUGGAGUGGCACUGAAUGUCAGCCUUGGGACUCUCAGACUCCUCAUCAACACAACUUCACAUCGCAGAACUAUAAAUGCAAGGACUUAAGAGAAAACUACUGCCGUAAUCCAGAUGGAGCUGAGGCACCGUGGUGUUUUACUACCGACCCAAAAACUCGCACUGGGUUUUGCUUUCAAAUACCAAAAUGUGAUGCACCAAGUGAGCAAGAUUGCUAUCGAGGGAAUGGGACGAAUUAUAUGGGAAAUAUGGCACAGACACGCUUCGGCUUAACUUGCUCUAUGUGGGAUAAAAACAUUCAAGAUUUACAAAGGCAUCUACCAAUAUAUAAAGAACCAGAUAUUAGCAAGUUGAAGAAAAAUUACUGUCGUAAUCCAGAUGAUGAUGUUCAUGGUCCUUGGUGCUAUACAAGUGAUCCUCAGAUCCCCUGGGACUACUGCCCUAUAUCUAGAUGUGAAGAUGAUGCCGUUCCUACUAUGGGCAGUUUAGACCCUGCUGUUAUCCCUUGUGCCUCAACAAAACACCUGAGAGUUGUUAAUGGAAUCCCAACUCAACCUGACAAAGGAUGGAUGGUUAGUUUGAAGGACAGCAGAGGCAGGCAUUUUUGUGGAGGAUCAUUAGUAAAGGAAGACUGGGUCCUGACAGCAAAACAGUGUUUUACUUCUCGGCAUAAUCUCAAAGACUAUCAAGCAUGGCUUGGAAUUCAUAAUGUUGAAAGAGCACAUGAAGAGAAGCAUAAGCAAGUUCUGAAUAUCUCCCAGCUGGUAUAUGGUCCCAAAGGAUCGGAACUGGUAUUGCUGAAACUUUCCAGGCCAGCAGUAAGCAGUGAUGCCGUGGCUAUCAUCAGGUUGCCCAUUUCUGGAUGUACCAUUCCAGAAGGCACUACUUGCACUGUUUAUGGAUGGGGACAUACAGGAAAUGCACCCUUUGAUGGAAGACUUCGAGAAGCAAAUAUGAUCAUCAUGGGAAAUGAGCGCUGCAGUCAAGAUUCUGGAACAAAUAUAGUCGUGAAAGAGUCAGAAAUGUGUGCUAAGGCUGAGAGCAUUGGCAGUGGAACUUGUGAGAGGGAUUAUGGCGGUCCAUUGGUCUGCGAGCAAAACAGAAGUAAAAUAGUAAUGGGCGUGAUCAUUCCUGGGCGUGGAUGUGCAAAUCUCAGGCGACCUGGGAUUUUUGUCAGGGUGGCCUACUACACCCGAUGGAUACAUAAAAUCUUAAUGACGUUCAGAUCAUAGCUGAACAUUCCCGCCAAGAAAGCAAAUUCCAGUUGUUGGAACAUUUUGGGAAGUAAUGAAAUCAAAGUGUAAUUGAAAGUUCUUUGAUUCUUUAAACAAACAGCAACAAUCAA